AUGCAGUUACAUAUAAAACAUUCAACUACCGAAUUAGCAAACAGAAUAAGCAAAGCUUUAAUCACUUCUUCAAAUCAUCAAAAGUCCAUCCCGCCUCUAAAAUGGACUCCAUUGCUCGAACAAACCCUCCACGGACUCGCUUUUCGCAACUCGCUCAGUCCGCAACUCGUUUCACGGGUCAUCGACCCGUUUCUCAUUAAUCACCAUUCACUCGCACUCGGGUUUUUCAACUGGGCUGCCCAACAACCCGGUUUCACCCAUACUUCCAUUUCUUAUCAGUCCAUACUCAAAUCACUAUCCGUUUCCCGCCAAUUCAAUACAGUUGAUAAACUAAUGAAGGAAAUCAAAAUGCAGAAAAUUGUACUCAGUGCUUCUGCUUAUCGGUCCGUUAUCGCUUCGCAUUUAUCGGGUCAGAAGGCGUUGAGCGCUUUUUCGGUGUUUAGUGAUGUUAGAUGGAUGAUAUGUGAGAUUGGUGUCGAUAUUUGUAAUGCUUUGCUUGCGGGUUUAUCGUCUUAUGGGCAUUUGGGUAAUGCACGCCAGGUGUUUGAUGAAAUGCUUCUUAGGGGUGUUCGUGUUACGACGCUUGGUUUUGGUGUGUUUAUAUGGAGGUUUUGUGGGAAUUCUGAAUUGGGUGAUGUUUUGAUGUUUAUAGAUGAUGUCAAAAGGCAAGUUUCGCAGCGUGUGAAUGGGUCGGUUGUUGCGCUUUUGGUUGUCCACGGGCUGUGUUUUGCGGGUAGGGUGGAUGAGGCUGUGUCUGUAUUGGAUGUGUUGAGGAAAAAAGAUUGUAAGCCGGAUUUUAUGGCGUAUAGAGCUGUUGCAGAAGCGUUAAGGGAAACUGGGAAUGUGGCUGAAGUGGAGAAAGUGUUGAAGAUGAAAAGAAAACUUGGAGUGUCUCCGAGAGGUAGUGAUUAUAGAGAUUUCAUAUUUCAGUUGAUUUCGGAAAGACUUGUUUGUGAAGCUAGAGAUAUAGGGGAAGUUAUUGUGAGUGGGAAUUUCCCGAUUGAGGAUGAUGUUUUAAACGCAUUGAUAGGAUCGGUAUCUGCAGAGGAUCCGUCUUCUGCAUUAAGGUUCUUUAAAUAUUUGGUUGAGAAAGAUAGAUUACCAACUCUUCUUACGUUUACUAAUUUGAGUAGAAAUUUGUGUAGACAUGGAAAACAUGCUGAACUUGUAGAAGUUUCCAAGACUUUAUCUGGCAAAGCGUAUUUUGUGGAUAUAGAAAGAUACAACAUUAUGGUUUCGUUCUUUUGUAAAGCAGGGAAAGUGAAAGAAGCUUAUGAGGUGCUUCAGGAGAUGAAGAAAAAAGGGUGGGGUCCAGAUAUCGUAUCUUAUAAUUCUGUAAUGGAGGCAUGUUGUAGAGAAAAUAUGGUUCGUCCUGCUAAACGUUUGUGGGAUGAGAUGUUUGCGAAUGGAUGUGAAGCUGAUUUGAGAACUUACAACAUAUUGAUAUCAAAGUUUGUGGAAAUAGGUCAGGUGAAAGAGGCUAAUGGGCUAUUCUGUCACAUGUUGGAGAAACGGGUAGAACCCAAUGCAACAACAUAUGUGUUCCUACUCAAAGGGCUUUGUCAAGAAAAUGAAGUCGUAACUGGCCUUGAAGUCUUUAAAAAGUCAUUUGAACAAGAUGCAGAGAUGGCACGAACCUUACUGGGAAAAUUCAUUCUUUAUCUCUGCAAGAAAGGUCACUUUAUAGCUGCUUCAAGCUUGGUUCGUGAUUACAAUUCUACUAUCGGAAAUUCAGAGUCAAACAUGAUCUUGCUAAAGUGUCUUGCUGAUGCUGGAGAGGUUCCUCUUGCUAUUGAGCACAUAAAAAUGAUUGGGAAAAUGUCACCUCCAAUGAUGCACGAGCUUCGUACUGGGUUUUUGUCAUCACUUUCUUCUCCAUCAAAACCACAACCAAUUUUAGAGAUAAUUCAAGUGAUUGAGACCCUCCAGCUGAAUCAUGCACCAAGUGAAUAAACUCUCAUGUUCAAGGUUUUCCUCGAAUGUUGGCGGGUUUGCUUCCUCCGGGCUAGGAUACAAUAUCUGUGAGACAAAGUGAAAGAAUAGACUUCGUCCCAAGUGUAGGUGAUAUCAUUCACGCCACAGUUCACACGAGGCUUCUUAGUACAGGUGGCAAACUGAACGUAUUAGGUAACAAGUCAUGACGGGUAACAUUUUGGUAUGCAAUGAAGGGAGUUGGUCGGGUUGGGUCAACUCACAAGCACUUCCGUUUUACAUAUUUAAUAGAUAUAGAUAACUUUUUUUUUUGGUGAAAAAUGAAUUGUAUUAUAUCCAAAAAAUACACAUGUACAUGAAUAAGUAACUUGGACAGGCCCAAGUACCACAUUCCACACUACUCCUAAACUUCAAAAUCAUAUCCCACUUACCUAUAUCACAAUCUAUAUCAACAAUUCAAAUACCAGAAAUGACAAAAUAACAACCAUUCACCACAUUAAGUUAUUAACAGCCCAAGCAAAACAAUCAGCACCAUGAGCUUCAAACUGCACUAGUAUGGGACCAAGUAGUCCCAUCUUGCAUGACUCAGUAUUCUCAUACGCACGUGCAAUUAUCCAACUCAAAACUGCAUCCUUACUUGGCCAGUAGAAAACUGUUGGCCCAUUUCAGAUCCCAUAUACUUGCAAUCCUUUCAACAUAUUGUGUUUUCCUUACUUUGAUGGACAUUAUCUUGAAUUUUACACUAUCCUUAAUGAUUUGGCACAUUGUUUCCAAAUUUCUUUCUUGAGUUUUGAACACUCUAGCAUUUCUUUCCUGCCACAUAUAGUACACAGCAGCAGCAACAACCAGCUUAUUCACCACCUUUCCAAAUUUGCUUAUGACUCUGUCUUUGGCCAAGUUUCUGACCACAUCUUGAAGACUUUCCAACCCUUGCAUUUGAAACAUGUUCUGACUAAGAUUCUUCCAAAUUUCCCUACUAAAAUCACACUGGAAAAAUAAAUGCUCAUGACUGUCAAUAUUUUCCUUGCAGAACACACAUUUUCACUCCACUUUUUCACACCAAUUAAACAUCUUAUCCUGGGUAAGUAACUUUUCCUGUACAGCCAACCAUAGAAUGAAUGCAUGCCUAGGUAUCAGUUGAUUAAACCAUACCACAUUCUUCCACUCCACAUUUGGCCAUUCAUCCCUCAAAUCAUACCAAGCCUGCCUGGUAGAGAAUUCCACUUUUUGAUUGAUUUUAGUCUGCCACAAAAUUUUGUCCUUCUUCCCACUGCAUAUAUUUGGACUUUGGUACUUCAAUAUUACUGAGAUUAGGAAACAUUUCAGCCCAUCCAUCAGGCCAUUUCCAUAUAUUUGGUACUUCUAUGAACGCAUGCCUAGAUAUAGAUAACUUGUGUUACAUAUCACUAGCACGGUACCCGCGCAAUGCGGCGGUGAUGGUUAUGGUGGUCUGGUGGUGUCGGCAACAGGUGGUGAUGGCGCGACUAUUGGUGGUGGUGGUGGCAGUGUCGAGUGGUGUAGGUUGAUAUAAAUGUAAUUGAUAUAGAGAUAAUUGAUCUAAAGGGGUAAUGAAAUAUUUUAAAAGAUAAGGGACCAAUGGUGUAAGU